GGCCAAACGGUUGUCACUUUAAUGAAAUCCAGACACAGUACCUUGCAAGUUGGGCACCAUAUGCGUUGAAACUACUGCAUAUGACAGAGACUGUCACCAUCUGACACUUUCUUAGCUCGAGGAAUGAGCGUCUUGAUAAGAGAAGAUUUCUGUGCGGGGUGAUGGUGUGACUGCAUUCAGAUAGAACACUGUCCUCAUCAAAAAUCAAGACAAGUACUCAUCUUACUACAUCACACAACCUGCAGUACAGUAUGGGCCAACUUCUGGACACAACUGCUGCUGCUCAGGAAUGGAGCUCUUUCUUGGGGCACCAGGCACUGAUCAGCCUGGCUAUAUUUUGCAUAAUUUUCCUGGUUCUUCGGGCUAUACUCCAGGAGGUAAAGGCAACUAAACGCCCAUUGGACUUUCCUCCUGGCCCAAAAGUGAUACCAUUUUUAGGGAAUGUGCCUCUGUUUAAGAAACCCGAUGUUGCCAUAGAGGAAGUUACGAAACAGUAUGGAGAGGUGUGCAGCGUAAUGGUGGGCAAGAUUUCCAUGGUGUUUGUGAGUGGCUACCAGGCAGUAAAAGAGGUCCUAGUGCAUCAAGGGCAUGAGUUUGCAGACCGGCCAAACAUCCCCCUCAACAAAAAAGUCAACGGAGGCCUAGGCAUUAUUUUUGCUCCAUAUGGAAAAUAUUGGAUGCAACAUCGUAGGUUCACUCUGUCAACAUUGCGGAAUUUUGGACUUGGUAAGUCAUCCAUAGAACAAACCAUUCAGGCAGAGGUUGGCUUCUUAAUUGAGGCAUUUAAACAGAAAGGAUCGGCAUUUGACCCUCACUAUAACUUAAACAGUGCUGUGGGAAACAUAAUUUGUUCCAUGGUGAAAGGGAAACGGUAUGAAUACAGUGAUAAGCAGUUCCAUGAUUUUUUGCACCUCAUUGAAAACAAUCUUCAGCUCCAAUCAGGGCUGCUGGGAACUUUAUGCAACUUCUUUCCCUUCUUGAUGGAUUUUCCUGGACCGCAGCAGAGAAUAUUCACAAACAUGGCAAAAUCUAAACAGUUUAUUCGUGAUAUAAUAUCUGAACGCCAUGCAACAAGAGAUCCCCUCAAGCCAAUGUGCCUGAUUGACACCUACUUGUCUCAAUUGGAGAAAGAGGACAAUCCCAACAGCAGCUUCUCAGAACAGAGUCUCAUCAUGUUGACGUUGGACCUUUUCACUGCUGGCGCAGAGACGACCUCCACCACAUUACGCUGGGGCCUUCUCUACAUGAUGAUGCACCCUGAAAUACAAGCCCAGUGCCAUGAUGAGAUUGACAAGAUUGUGGGAUCAGAUCGACUACCAUGCAUGGAGGACAGACACAGUCUGCCCUACCUGGAUGCUGUGAUCCAUGAGAUACAGCGCUUCAGUAACAUUGUUCCAUUCUCGGCCCCGCAUGCAACCACCACAGACGUCAAGUUACGCCAGUACUCGAUUCCAAAAGGGACGAUCAUAAUGGUGAAUAUGAAAUCGGUUCUGAGUGAUGAAAAUCAUUGGAAAACCCCAUACGAAUUCAGUCCAGAAAACUUCCUUGAUGAGGAUGGCAAGUUUGUAAAGUCAGAUGCCUUCCUGCCCUUCUCUGCUGGUCCCCGUGUCUGCCUGGGGGAAAAUUUAGCAAAAAUGGAGCUCUUCCUUUUCUUUGCAUCUCUUUUGCAGCAUUUUGAGUUUAUCUGGCCUGAUCUGGUCUCUCCACCAACCCUGGAUUAUAUAUUGCAGAUCACCAAGGCUCCAAAAUCUUACAAAUUGGGGCUUCAUCUCCGCAAUUGAACAUAGUUUAAAGAGUGCUAUAGUGUGUGCUGGUUUGAGUCUAUAAUGUCCAAGCACACAUGCACGCAUUGGAAAUAGGUUAUGUUAAAAAAAAAAUACAUCACGAUAGGUGAAAGAAAUGGUAUAAAUCUGUUGUACAACAAUGAGUGAAUCAAUUUAACUUUUUCUAGUAAAUCGUUUAAUCAUGUUACGUUAGUUUAUAGAUAGAGAUGAUAGUUUUCUACAAACAUCUUCCAUUACUUCAGCGAAUUUGCCCAAAAAUAGUUAACCUUCAUUUCAUACAUUCUUUCACAAGUCACCCGGGGCCCGAGUACAUAAAUGUAGAAAUAGAUAAUGAGACAAUGCUCCCCUGUUCAUAGUCUAUUUAUAGGUGGCAGUGAAAUUUCUGGUGACAAUUACAUUGUGACUUUUUUCAACCAUUUUAUACAUGCAGUAAAUGCAUUAGAAAACAUAUAUAGACACCAUUACAAUAGAAACAACUAACGACUCAGCUGUCUUCAUAGGCUUGGAUAAGGCAUUGAUACAAUUGAUCACCAAAUCCUGUAAACCAAGUUAGUGAUAUUGGACUUAUUUAAGUAGCAGUAGGUUGGUGUCUAAAUUACUUUGAUAGUAGAAAACAAUGCGUAACAUUGGUCAAUCCUUCCUCUGGGUUUAAAAAACAAACACAUGCCAAACAGCCACUCAAUUACAACCACAGAAAACAACCGCUCAAAUAACCACGACUAUAAACAACUAUUACCACUAAAACACAUCAACAAAUGCACAUGACAACCACAAAAUAACGCAAAAAUAAAUCCACAAUCAAAUCCUCAAACACAAGUAUACAUUCUAGAUUUGAAGCUUUCGUGGCUGCAAGGAUUCAUACUCUUAGUUCUUUCGGUAAAGUCACGUAGAUAAAAAAUGAAAUUAAAAUUAAUAAAAAUAAAACAAUAAAAAUCACGACGUUUCGGAAGCAACACAAGUCUCCGUCAUCAGGAGGGACCGUCACAGCCAGAUUUGCUGCAUUUUUUACCUACGUGACUUUACCGAAAGAACUAAGAGUACAAGUAUACAUGUCAUUGUUAUUGCCUUAUACAAAAUGCAACACUGGUGUUUAUUCGUAUCUUACAUACUUGUCUCAAACUAUUUGGUAAUACCGUGUGAGCAAUGAUGCACAGGCACAAAUAAGAAAAUAACUCAAUAUGAUACUGGCAAAAACAUUUUGGAUAGUGGCUAAAAGGUCCCAUAGAGAAACAAAAAUCACAUCGUUAAUAAUUCUGCCUAACCGGAAACAUUAUAAACGAUGUUUUAGGCAAUGGGUGUUCUUAAUAUCAGAUAUUAUAGAGAGGGAAGAUAAAUAAAGAGCAUAAGAGUUGGAGACUGGACUUUACUUAUAAUAAUUACAUUGAUAAAUGUAUUCCUGAUGAACAGUAUUUAAAUUUGCAUAUGAAGAGUGACCUUUAUAAAAAAAAAUCUCAUCAGGCUCCAUAGUAUAAAGUGGUCUAACUCUUAACCAUACAAAAUUACGUCGAACUUUAUUUUCCAAGCAAUCAGUAUAAGUUUCCCAUUACAUCUAUCUGAUUUGUUCAUGCUGGAACCGCCCUUGUAUUCUGAUACGCAACAACUGUAAUGUUAUUUUUUAAUAUAAAUUUCUUUACCUCCUUAGAUAGUUCGCAAGAGCCAUGCAUGGCUAGUUGCCCUCCAGUAACAAAUAGUGUCCACACUUCCCCACGUAAGAGGCAAUUCUGAAGAUCAUUGUGGGGUAUCACCUCCCUAUGUUCUCGUUGACGUGAUCCUUAUAUCCCUUCCACUUCAAACCAAAUGUAUUUGAUAUGCCAUCGAAUGUAUCAAACGGUAUAAAAACUCAAUACAGGUAAUCCCCGACUUACGAUGGCCCGACUUACGAUAUUUCGAUCAUACGAUGGCGAUAGCGAUACGACAAAAUUGUUAAAUAUUUUUCAUUUCACGCGGCAGGCAAACGCAGCAGUGUACGAGGUACGAUACUGUACGUUGGGACGCUGCCGGGAUGUACGCAUGUUAAAAGGUUUGAUAGCAGAUAGGAUUGUUUCCUGAAAAAAAACUUUCUAUUAAAUUGCGGUUCAUAUAGGUAGGCUAAGAAUUUACCUUGAUUUUUUACUUUACAUUUUACUGUGCAAUACAGUAUUGUAAUUAAUAAAUACAUACAGUAUAUAGUUUAUACAGUACGGUACUGUAAAUUGCUCUGUUUUGCUAAAUUAUCACCAUUCUUUAAGACUCCUGGGUAGGCUAGGCCAUCUUCGACUUACGAUAUUUUUGACUUACGAUGGAGUCGUAACGCAUCUCCAUCGUAACUCGGGGACUACCUGUAUUUCAAGAGUCGCAAUAACGGCAUGAAUCAGUCCUUAAAGAGCCGCAUGCGGCUAAAGAUCCACAGGUUGCCAACCUCUGAACUGGUAUAUUGCUGCAGUCUCAUGACUGCAGUAAGUACUCCAUUUUGACUUAAGACUUUCGUGAAUGCAGGAUUUAAUAUUCAUUGUUCUUUCGGUAAAGUCACGUAGAUAGAAAAAAUAACAAUAAAAUAAUAUUCACUUAAUUUAUUUUAUUGUUAUUUUUUAUACGUGACUUUACUGAAUGAACCAUAGAAUGUGCAGUAAGUACUGUCAGUCUCAAACUGAAGGUUGUUAGUUCAAUCCUUAGUUUACUCUUAAAAAGCCAGUAUAAACGAACAAGAUUAACCUAAUGGCAGAAUUUGUUUUGAUUGCUCCAAAGAAAAGAAUACAUCACUGUAGGUGUCUUCAUUGGGAUAAUUUAUGAUAAAGUCACGAUUACUAUAAUGAAUAGAGAAACCCAACAUGUUUUGCAUUAGUUGAUUAACAGUGGAAACCAACUUACAUUUUGUAGUAGAAUAUAUGUGAGUGUUUGGUAGAAAAAAUUUAGCUGCAACAUUGAUAUCGAUCGAUGUGUAGUGACAUAAGAAGGGAGGGGCUGUUGGGGGCUCUGGGACCCUGGGCGGGCCAGGCGCUUGGGCCCCUUGGCGCCAGGCGCUGGGUUCCCAGGCGGGUCAGACGCUUAAGCCUCUUGGCGCCAGGCGUUGGGUUCCCGGGUGGCCCAGGCGCUUAAGCCGCUUGGCGCCACCAACGGGGGGGGGGCUGUGUGUGCUCUGUGGGAUAUCUGGGGGCGCACACGGCCCCACCCCUCGUUGGGGACUAGGCAUAAAAGGGGAGCUCCCUGGACGGUCAGGGCCAGUCGUAUCUCAAGACCCAAGACCCAAGACCAGCCAUCUGAGGACCCUGAGACGCUGUGAGAGCCAGUGGUGGGACUCUGGAAUUCCCGACUCUACGACCUUGUGAGGGCGAGUUCCAGAGCGUAGCCAGAGUAGUGUAUCUAGGCUUUGUACCGAGGCUGUGUACCUGGGAGUUGUUACAGAGUAUCAGGACUGUUGGACUGUUGGAGUGCUGUUGGAUUGUAAUAAAGAAGUUACCUCUACAAGUGUCUCCGGAACCCGUUACAGAUGUAUAUUUUCCCAACAAAAUGCCAUGGCACUGUUAUGGAAAUAAAACAUUUAGUGUAAAGUAGGAUUAAAUAUGAAUUGCCCCAAUCAUAUUAGGCAUUUUUAAACUCAUUGCAAUGGUGAUGAGGAAAAUUCGAAAUUAAUUGUUCAUUGCUAUUUGAGAAUAUAUUUGAUUAAGGAAACAAUACCAGAGACGGGAGUCUAACUUGACGUGAUAGCUACUUCACAAUGAAAACUCGAGGUUAGCUCAGAUCGUGGAAUGUGCCGGAUAUGCUCUCUACUCUGAGUGGCAAUUAUAGUGACAUACUUUGCCUGCAUUAGGCACAGAAUGCGAGCUAAGAAAUACGCAAACUUUAUUUCUGAAAAAGGAAGACAUUGAUGGCUGAGCUGUGGAGGUCCAAUUACAUUUUCAGGAUCUUUAUGGCCUCACAAGAGAUUGUUAUACGAGUGGGUUGCAUUCUGAGCAAGAGACCAGAUGGAGUGGAGUGGCCCAAAAUGCUAGAAGAAGCCCAGAGGUGGGCCAGAGAGCCAGGGGCCCAGAAUGAGCAGAGCAUGGCAGAUGAGGGUCAGAUCCAAGAAGAUCCAGAGGAGCCAGGGGCAACCGUGAUGUUCACAUUAGCUGGGUAGCUUGCGCACCCGUGCUUGUAAGGCUGACCUUGAUCGAAGCCGUACAUUGCACGAGAGGUAUUGUGAUAAAGCUGUGAAGGAAUUGCGGUGAAGCAGUGGAGAAGCUCAAAGCUAAUUGUCAGGAUUCCAGUUUUUAAAGAGUAUAGAGACGAUACAUACGAAAAGUGAGAUUAAGGAGACUCAAAGUUAGUGCUGCAGGAAACUGAAAAGGAAACACAUUUUGAGGUGGAUAGAGGUUAACACGAAACCAUAUUGUGCUAGGUCACAAACUAAAGUGACUGUAAAACUACAAGUAUGUGAAUAAUUAUCACGGUGAAGUCAUGUAUGUACGUCGGACGAUCAAAGGAGGCCAACAUCAUCGUUCUACACAUCGUCAAGACUCAAGACCCGACCACACCUGGCCAGUCACCAGCUGCAUCAACCACCUGGCUGCCAUGCCGUCAUCCAUAAAGCUGCCGUCUUUGCAUGUCAGGAGACAUUGUGUGCGAACGGCAUUUAAACAAAAACGUAUUUUACUCAUCAAUUAACUUCAGUCACCAGUCAGAAGCUUCCUACACUUCUGCCGUGUCGCCUCAACUGUGGUGUAGAGGCCAUCUGCUACAGACUGUACA